GUAUCAAAACCGAUGGCUUGUACGGCCGUGGACGUCAACACCAAACCAAACGCUCUUGUUGCAGGAAGUCGGGAGGUUCCAGCGUCUACUGAGGUACUACGCAGUUGCCUAACAGCCGAUCCUGCUUGCUGUCAUUGUCUCUUGUAUUGCUUCUGCGAUCCCGUGACGUAAGAGGCCCAGGGGUGUACCGUUACCAGGCAAAGAGGUCGUACGACACCAAAUCGGCGAGGACGCGAGCAACGUCCCAGCAGUAGCCAUGUCGUUCUCGGUCGACCUUGAGAAGGACCUUGCAGGUAUGCGCAGUCGCCGCGGGUCUGUCACAGAUCUACUCAAGUCGCGCCGUCUCAGCCGGAUGACUUUGUUGGUCUUUGCUUUGAUCACCAUGUCGUUCUACAGCUGGCAGACGUAUUUGUACUGCUACUCAGACGUAUUCCUGGAUGAGUAUGAAUCGCUAGAUGGCCAGGGCCUCUACCCCGAUCAGAUGCCGGAUGACUUGCCAGACUGCCUGUCCGUCAAGGACUAUGCUGCUCAGCUACCCGAAGUCGACUGGUUCGAGGUUGCGCAGCUUGGCGCAGACGAACAACUCUUUGACUGGACAGACGACUGGAUCAGCCACGGUAUUCUUCCCGCCGGACUCCAGCUGCCAACACCUCGCUUCGACUUGGUCUACACUUGGGCCAACGGGUCAGCCGCAGACUUUCAAGCUCACAAGGCACCAUAUGAUGAAGUAUACGCGACCCUUCACCAAGACAGAUUACCGGAGUGGCAAUUAGCGCAGGGCUCUCGACACCGAUCAUGGGAUGAGCUACGCUAUUCGAUCCGAUCUGCCGUGCGCUUUGCUCCGACGUGGCUGUCGCGCAUCCUGAUUGUCUCAAAGCGAUUGAGAAGCAUGGAAACAGGCGAAACUUAUGUGCAACAACCAGAAUGGCUGGAUGCUACUGUGAGUGAUGCGGAGGUCCAGGUGGAGGUGGUUGCAGAUGAAGACAUCAUGGAUCACCCGCAAUGCGCGCCGACCUUCAACAGCGUCAGUGUAGAGUCGCAGCUCAGCCAUCUCAACACGACCCCUUUUUUCGUUGCCCUUUCCGAUGACAUGUUCUUUGGCACACCCGUGGCAUCUUCUGAUUUUCAAUCUGACUUGUACGGUAUGACACUCAACAACUACAAUGAUAUCCUACAUUUCGAUCAAGCGUAUGAGCCGGUCCUUGACGAAUCCAUGGGCGGAGAAAUACUGGUUGCACAGUAUACAAGCUACAUGCUCAACCAGCGCUUUGGUCGUCGCAUGCGACCUAUUCAACAGCACCACCAGAAAAUCAUUUCCAGAUCAAUCAUGAAUCAGGCGAUGAGUACAUUUCCGAGAGCAGGGACCUUGACUCCUCUUUCGCGACAACGCUACGACUCACAUCAGCUGUAUGGCUGGUAUAUGCACAAUCAAUUCACCAUUGAGAUGCAUCGCGAAGCAAUGCUAUGGUCGAUUUUGUGGCGAAUGGAUAGAGAUGAAGAUGGCUACUUAAGCAUGGACGAAGCUCAAGCCUUCUUGGCAGAAAUUGAAGCAGGCAAACAGGCGCAGCGACGCAGUCUGAGCUGGGAGACACAAGCUUGGGCCACACAGCACGCCGACGAGAACCUGGAAAAGGCUGGAUUACCAGCGGUCAAGGCACAGGGCUUGUUGUGGUCGUCCAUGGAUGGGCCGUUUCAUCUCCUUACAAUCGAUGCAAGCGUCUGUUCUGCCACCUACACGCACUUGACAUGUCUCGGCUUUGAUGCCGACCGUCUGGCAAGAAUCUCACUGGAACAAGUGAUGAAAAAUCUGAGAAACGUCACUGUGACGUGCGGUGAUUGCUUGAUACGAUAUCUGCUGGACAAUGCAGAGCAUGGCCUCGAUGUGAUUCUCCCGCGCAAGGCAGAGACGGGCACACCCUCCAAAUACAGACAAAUGGCUUUACGUGCCUUAAAGAAGUAUGCGUAUACGACUGCUCGACCGGAUGGCUCGUUCUACAUGGUGCACAAUGCCUUAGAGGCAAAUAAUCUCUACGCCAUUCGUGUUGCUGCAUUCACUUGCAUUAAUGAUGAUUUUCUCUCUGAUGAUGAGCAGGAAAUCCAUGAAGCAUUCAAGGGAUUUGCGGCAUUCUUUCAAGGUCUCUUUCCGACACAGCUCAAGAUUGAGAGGGUAUCGCCGGUCAGUGCAAUCCCGCUAGAAGAAGAAGUUCUUGAGCUCCAAGGGACUGACAUUUCUGCCACUCACACAAGUACUUAAGAGCGCUACGACACAGUACAGACCACGAUAUCAUCACCAAUGACUGCAUCAAAUCUACAUGUAUAGAACAUACCGUAAUGAUCAUGAAGACUGAUUCAACUAAUACCUUUGCUGUUGAAGAAAUUUCAUACGGUCUGGGUUCAUCAUGCCGUCGCCAGCGGGUGGGUCAUUUUGAAAGGGUGGCAUGCCAAACAUACC